AUGAGAAAAAAUGAAUUUAUGAAUGAUGAAAUUAGAAAGCAUUGGUUUGCUAAUUGUAGAUCAAUUUAAGAAUUUGAAAGAUUAGAUAAACUUGGUGAAGGAACGUAAUAAAAAUUAUUGAUUUUUAAAUAAGUUAUGGCACAGUAUAUGCUGCAAAAGAUAAAAAGAAAAAUUAAGUUGUUGCUAUCAAAAAAGUUAAAAUUCAUGAUAGCAAUGAAGGAUUUCCAAUAACAUGUUUAAGAGAAAUCAAAAUAUUAUAAAGAUUAUCAGCACAUCCAAAUGUUGUAAAUUUAUUAGUAAAUUAUUGAUUCAUAAUUAGGAAGUAGCUGUGGGACCAAUUAAAGAUAGUAUUCAUCUAGUAUUUGAAUAUUGUGCUAUAGACUUAGCUAUUUUAGUAGAUAAUAUGUUUAUAGGUACAAUUUAAUAUAUCAAUAGAUAAUUAUUCCUUUCGUGAAAAUGAGAUUAAAUGUAUAGUACUUUAACUUUUAAAUGGACUAGCCUAUAUCAAUUCCAAUUUCAUUUUACAUAGAGAUAUUAAAUUAUCUAAUCUCUUAUUGACCAAUGAUGGAAUUGUUAAAAUUGCAGAUUUUGGAUUAGCAAGAGAAUAUGGUAAUCAAUAUUUACAAAUCUCAGAAAUUCCAUAAAAAAAGUAUACAAAUCCAGUUGUCACUCUUUGGUAUAGAGCUCCUGAACUUCUAUGUCAGAUGAAUAACUAUAAUACUGCAAUUGAUAUAUGGUCAGUUGGUUGUGUAUUUGCUGAAUUAAUCAAUCGAGGAUUUCCAAUUCUUUAGGUUAUUUCUAUUUAUAUUUAAUAGGGUAAAUCUGAAAUUCAUCAAUUACAAUUAAUGUGUGAAAUGUUAGGAUAUCCAACUGCUUCUGUUUGGCCAGACUUACAUAAAAAUGGGAAUAAAUAAAUCUUAAAAGAAUUAGAGAAGUUUUAACAUUGUCGACCAAAUUUAUAAAAUGUUAUUAAGGAUGCAUCUCCUUAAGCUCUAGAAUUAAUAUCAAGAAUGUUAACAUGGGAUCCAGAAGUAAAUUAUUUUAUAAAUAAAUAUAGAAACGCAUAGGAGUUAUGGAAAGUUUAUUACAUGAAUAUUUCUAUACCAAUCCAAGGCCAUCUAUGCCUGAAGAAUUAUCUAUUUUAAGACAAUUAGAUUAAUUUAAAAAAAAGAAUGCUGAUAAAGCUGAAAAAAAAUUAAAAAUAAAAUGA